AUGAAUGCUCCCAGUGAAGCGCAGACCGAGUCUCAUUUUUCCUCUCCAAUUUCUUAUCUUGAGUCCCUUUCCAAUCCUCCGGCAGGCGCCUCUCUGUUAAACAACCAUCAAUGCACUGUUCUCGAUACAACUAAAUCUAUCGAGUCUCAUAAUCGGCUCCCUGAAACCACAGAGUUCGUUGACGAUGACGACAAUACCGUCAUCAGGUCUAGCUUCCCUGUGCUCGUCUCAAGCACAGAAGAAGAUCGCUUUGAGCCAGCUUAUCUGCAGCUUAAUCUUGAUGCAGAUCCGCAAAACCUCCGUCUCUGGUAUUUUUGUGCCCAGGAAACCUGUUUCCCAUACACAAUAAGCACCCCCGCUCUCUCAGGCUUGACUUCCCUCCCUAGCAGUGGCAUUAACAGUGCUCGCAAUGAGAUGAAUUCUUUUGAGUUUGGGACAAGCUUCCCUGCCCGUCUGAUCGGCAGCCCAACUCCAGGACUUGGGGCAAAUAUUCUCAGUGAGGGCUCAACGGGGUCUUGCAGAUCAUUUGGAACUAGACAGGACUAUGUCUUCACAGAGGGCGACAUAAAGGGAAUCAGGUAA